UACAAAACAUGCAUUUGCAUGUUUUGGCUGUCCCUAAAAAUGAGUGAACGUCAAGAUGGCUCUUAUUCAUUUUUAGACAAAAGAGAGGGACGUGACAAAAAAUAUUUACGAAUUGUCAGCAAUGAUUUUACACUCAAACGUGACAUGUUAACAAAAACAAUUACGGUUACAAUUCUGGAAGGGCCUAUUUCACGUACUUAUAUUGAAGUAAGAAUCUGUAUAGACUAUUCAAUUAUUGUUAAACACGUUGAAGAUCAAAGUAAUUUUUUUAUAGAAAUGUUUUGUUACCAAAUAUGCAGCUAUUUUUCAGUCUCUUAA